GGCACGUCAGGCACUUUGCGUAAAGCGGUCCGCCGGUUUCCAACUCCGCCAGGCGUCGCCAAAGUCGAGACGAGACGCGAAUUGCUCGGCAACUUCCACUCACUCACUCUCCCUUUCCGCUCACACGCCUUUGCUAUACCACACCAUCAUUUCUCCCCUACUGUUACGACACCUUACUCUAUCAGACGGCCCUAUACCCCAAAAAGUGGCCCAGACUUAUACCCUGACCCAUCAUUCCCCCUUGCAAUGAUUCAAUGACAGCUGCUCCCGUCUCUGCGGUCGAUCGAUCCGCCGCUAUUUCCGCUGCUCCUGCUCCUCUCAAAGGACCCACUGCAUCUACAUCCUAUCUCGUCUUUCUGCCCCCUCCCAAAGAGAGUAGGCGUCUGCUCCGGGACCGCUCUAUCAAUACCAAUGGUUCUGACUCGCGGACCAGCGGCUCGGAUGCCAAGUGGAAGCGUGGUCGCUCGAGACAUUUCCGGCGCGGAGGGGAGGAGGAGCAGUGGGUAGAAGCGGAUCGAGCAAGCGUCUCUCGCAGUAGUAGUAGCAUACAUCGCCGGACGUCCGCACACGUGAGACAUACAUCGGCAGCCUUACCAAUCCCGAAGACCAGUGCAGCUGCCGUCACGCUACCGGCACGGCCGCAGGGCGAUGAAGGCCACUCGGAGAAUGUGAGACAGGAGGUCCUUGUACCCGCUGCUCAAUCUGAGUAUGUCAGCGAUGGAGGUACGAGGUUCAAACCUCGCUCACCGAUCAUCUCUGAGAAGAGGAAUGGAUAUCUCCAGGGCGGGCGGACACGAUCUGCGCAAGACCCUCUAGUAGGCCACCCCCAAUCCGAUAGCAGCGAGAAGAGCCAUUCCACCUCAUCGGGCUCUUCCCUCGAGCUCACGCCGGCAGGUGAAGCGGCGUUACGCUUACGAAAUGCGCGUACGGUGAAUCAUCAGCUGGCAGCCGUUCCCCUCAUCGAGGUGCCCAACAAUUUGUCGUACCUCAUCUCGCCAGGGUUGGGACGUGGGACCGGGUCGGGCGUUCACUACUCGUCCCGGCUGGACGAUGGAACAUCCUGGACCGAGACACUAGUGACUGGACUCGCUGAGCGAGAACAGGAGCUGACUGGGGACAUAUCGCAUACCCACCUCGGUAAGAUCAUGCGGUCUGGCCUCGGCGGGCACAAAGUGCAGUCUGCGAGCGGCAGCGUUGUCGUCUCUCCUGCUAGUAGAGUCGACGACACCGACGAGACACGAAGAUAUCGUCUUGAUGAAGAAGAACGUGCAUUUCUUGCCGGUCCAUUUUCACUUGGCUCGACCUCCAUUGGACUCGCUCUCAAGUGCCAAGCAGGCGAAGAACCUCUUCGCCAUGCAGAGGAAGGCUUCUCUGGUGGCUCGCAAGAGAACAUCUCUAUCUCCCGCGCGCUACGAUCUGAAAGUGAAGUGCGAGCAUUGGAAAUGGAGAAAGAGCGGAUUAGAAGAGAGAGGGAGGAGGAUGAAGAUGGGCUCAGCGUUUGGCCUGCAGGGAAGGACAAGAGAGGGAAAGUGAGGUUCGUCUCUGCUCGAGAAGCGAUGCAAGACCCACCAAAGGGAGAAACGACUUCAUCACGAGGCGACAUGAAGAAGCGCGGGCUGAAAAGAGGCCCGACGCAGGGGCAUACAGGUAGUCAAGAGUCGCCUGGCAGCCAGAACGGACGGGCGAGCAACGCCAGUCAGACCGAAGAGGAGGAAGAGAUUCCACUGACGCCUGUCAGGAGGAAGCGUUUGAGGCUUGAGCCGCCUACUCCUUUGCCUACACCAUCUGCGAGAUCCGACCAGGUCUCCAAUAUGGCCAGUAAAGCAGAAGCUCAAAUCGCUUGCCACUGUCAAUGUCAGAGGACAUCCGCGACGCGUGGUGCAGAGGCUCAGAGCCGUCCGGGCGUUGCCGCAACCAGUCGAGCCGAUGAAGCAGCUGCAGAUCGAUCUGGGCCAGCAAGCGCAGAGCAGUCAAGAAGUGUGGUUUCGCCCAUCAAGAGAGCGAAAUCAGACCCAAAGCCGAUCAGCAGUACGCCUCUGUUGGCUCCUCUUGCUCCGCUCCCUUCAUCCUCAGACCCGUCUCCUCGCAAUCGACGGCAAAUGAGCGCCUCAACAUCUGCUUUGACGAGCUUGUCAAGGGUGAACCAGAGCGUGUGUCGCUUCAGCAUCUUCACUCGGAGAUCUGCCGAUGCCUCUACCUCCACCUCGGCUUCUCGCAGCCGAGUAUUGCGUAAAGAGAGGGACCGCGAGGUGUCGAGGCCCACGAUGCAUCCGACGCGACCAGACCCUGCUCGAGAGAUCAGCGUCGAUGCUAGCAGAUCGGGCGACGCCUCGGUCUCGCACCAACGCAACAGGCAAAGGCCAGAAGCAAGGCAUGACAACGACUCGGCGAUCUCUCGGUCUGACUUUGUGCCCCCAACGAUGAGGGAAGAGAGAGACGACUUGCCGCCUCCUCAUACCCCUCGGGACCUCAUGCCGGCAGUUCAGCCUCUUUCCCCCAUUCAAGCACCCGCGGAAGGGAAGACGGCCGAGAAGAACCCCAGAGUCGAUGCACCUUCGACGAAAGACCUCCGCAAGAGUGUGUCGGUGGCGAAGACAGCGUCGAAGACUGACAACAUGGUGCCAGAGCCACCGACAAUCGGAAAUGUUCCUCCUCACAGAGAAGUGACCAUCAGCAAGCCCUCGACGAUGGCGGCGGCGGCAUCUACCACGAACUUCCUGGACUUGUCGACCUCGUCAUCAGAGAGGCCGACCACGUCGCGCCCACAACGACCUCCGCCAGUCCCAAUACCGCCCUUGCGCACCUCGACCUCUACCAAGUCCCACGGGCCUUCCAAGCUCGCUCAGUCCUUGACGGCCGAGAGCCUGGAUCGCUCUCUGAACAUGGGCGAGAGCUGCGAAAGUGUAGGACAGAGCAGUAACGUUCGUGGCCAGACGAUGACGAUGACCGGUCUGGACUCGAUUCCUCCUCCACCUGCACUGCACUUUGACCCUCGAGAGGUGACCAGUCUCCUCUCCAUCCUGCGCAACCCUAUCCCUCAUCUUCCAGCCAAGCACGGAGGUUAUGCAGAGCAGAUUACCUCGCCGCGCAUCGACGUGCUGGUGCUGAUAAGGGAGAUCGGGGCGCUCGAGGAAAUCGGAGUGAAAGUCUUCAGCAAGGGCAAAGUCGUCGAGGGCAGGGUGGACAUGAUGGCACGCUCUGAGCUGGUGGUGAUGGAUGGAGAAGGCAGUAUCAGUAGAGUGGUACUGUGGGGACACUGUGCACUUGAGUGGGCUGGGGCUGAGCACAGUGGAGAUGCAACGGAGGAAGAGGAAUUUGAGACGUCGGGCGAGCACAGCCACUCUACGCGGGCAGGUAUGACGACGACUAUGGAUACAACGAGCUUCCGUGGGGACGAGACGACGACGUACGGUGGUGUGCUACUGCGCGAUGCAGCACAGCAUAAGUCCGCCUCUAAGUCCGCGGUGGUGCGGAAGGACAAGCACGAACGUCGGCCCGUGGUCGGUCCCCUACGGCCCGGAGACGUUGUAUGUCUCUCCUCGCUCAUCGUCUCUCCGACUCCCACCAAAUCCUCCGGCCCACCUCAACGCGCCACCGUCACACGGGCACAGCCAGCCUCUGUGCAGCUCGUUGCCUCUGAGCGGACGUCUUCAAGGGCAGAGCUCUGCUGGCGAUGGGACCUGCGAGGACGCGAAAAGGAUCGGGAGCGGGGGCGUCGAAAGUAUAGAUUCGAUGUAGCUUUGGCGGAUUUCGAUCGACGGUGCAAGGAGGUUUGGAAGUGCGCUACGAGAUGGGACGGGGAAAGAGACUGAAUUCGAGGAGCGAACCGGACCACAUUGUUCUUUGUUGUAUCUGUGCAAUGAUCCGACUGUAUUAGUAGACUAGCAUUGCGAGCGAGGAAGCGAGCGAACACUGACAAGAGGAACGGAAGGGGGAGCCCUGCCGACAUCUGGGAGAAGGAGAAGGCCCGAGCGGCUCGGAGAUUGAGUUGGGUGUUGGGCGCAGGAGAUGCGAGGCGCGGCGAGGCGUGACGUGGAAGG